CUUGUAAAGAUUGAAUCGACAGGCCACAAUGGGCUGCACCUCGGUGACCCGGCAGUACAUACAGAUUUAGGUGCCCUGGAUCCUAAUCCUGGAGAUCCCUGUCAGUAACCUGGGAAGACACGUCCUUGAUCUAUUGAUGAUAAGCCGCACCUCAGGGCUGUCUUUCUCUUUUUUCAGCUUCCUUGGUAGCUGUGACUGUCACACGCGUUUCUCCAUGACCAGCUAGGUCUUAGUUUACGUUUCGCGACUUUUCGACGACUUCACGAUGUCGCAGUCUCAGAAUACUCUACCAUGGCUACUAUCCUGUGUGCUUGCACUGGCGGUCGCCCGUGUAAUUGCAGCCAAGGAGACACAAUGUUUCUUCCCCCAUGGCAAUGUCCAUUCUCUCGGUCAACCCUGUGAUCCCAACGCAACAGGAGCUGUCCCUUGUUGUCAAGCCGGACACACAUGUUUAUCCAACAGCUUAUGUUGGGAUCCUAUGAACAGCCACGUCGUCCGUGGCAGCUGUACCGACUCGACCUUCAGGGAUCCUGCCUGUCCCCGCUACUGCUUCAAUAAUGUCCAAGGCGACAGACUGGGUAACCUUCGCCAAUGCAACAACCAGUCCACUAUCUGGACCUGCAGAGGUGAUGUCAACGAAUGCACGAACAACUUCACAAUACCCACAGGAUACAUCAACGACCAUCGAGAUAGCAGUUCCAGCGGCGUCAUGUACGUCGUGGGGAACUCGACGUCUGUUGGAGAAUCAAGCGACAGAGCCGUGGACACAGCCAAAAGUUGGACUGGGUUAGGUGUUGGAUUGGGGGUCGGUCUACCCCUGCUUCUAGCGCUGACAGCCAGCUUGUGGUUCCUUUGGAAAGCACGAAGAGAGCUUACAGACAUGCGGCGUUACCGGCCAGGGGAUUCGGCCCAAAACCAGUCUUGGAACGAUGGGUCGGGAACAACAAGCCAAGCAACGAAACCACAAUACUCGCCCAACUUGCAGGGGUAUCAAAAUUCUGCCGCUUUGCAGCACUCCCCCAGUCAACACAACCCAACGCAUUCGUCUACUUAUCAGCAACCGAGUCACAGGGUCAUGAGCCCACAGGAACUCGAUGGGAAUAUGUCGCCUCGGGAGGUGCCGGCCACCGCUGUUGCGCCGCCGAUUGAGUAUGAUACAACGACUAGUAUCUGUCCUCCGCCGACAGUUUACAAGGCGCAAGUAUAAGCUGAUGUGGGACAAUCCAUAAACUUAGGAUAGGUUCAUGAUUGGUUUACGUAAUUGAGCUGUAAUUUAGUCGAUGAGAAGCUCCUGCAAAACACAAAUGUCAC